GUCAUUCUAAUGGCGUUAGGUUUACGAAAGGAUCUAAACAAUAACUGCUUAGGGAGCUUUCAAGAUGUCAUAUAAAACUCGACAGCUCACGUUUAAUCGCUGCGAUAUGAUAGUACUUAAUUACCAAGAACCACCGCUCAUCCACCAGAUUCGCGCCUGCGAAAGCAAACCGAAUAAUUCGCUUCCAUUUUCAGUCAGUUGAGCGCUCGCCGCCACUAACACUGGUCUGCUCUAACCGUUUUCUCGGAAAGGAUUGAGCAACUCGUACAACGAACGCGCGAAAUUUAAAUUCGGAAUUAGAUUUGACGUUUGUGUAUUUGUUUUGGUUUUUAUUUGGUUAAUUUUUAAUUACUUACGUGUUCUAAUUUCAAUUAACAGUACCUAUAUUAGAACUUUUUGGUGAUAGUAACUAGCAGUUUUUUCUCUAAAUUAUGGUUUUUAGUGAAUGUGUCACUUAGAUAAAAUGUUUUUUUGAUACUUUACAAUAUUUUGUAGCUGUUGGUUCGUCGCAUUCAGAGAGCUACCAGAAAAGGUCUCACAAUGUACGGACUGCUACUAGAAAACAUGGCGGAGUACAUCCGCCAGACGUACGGAGAGGAGAGAUGGGAGGACAUCAGACGGCAGGCGGGCGUCGAGCAGCCGUCGUUCUCCGUGCACCAGGUGUACCCCGAGAACCUGAUCACCAGGCUGGCGAAAAAGGCACAAGAGGUACUUGGCAUAUCAGAACGAGAAUUUAUGGACCAAAUGGGCGUUUAUUUCGUCGGCUUCGUGUCCCAGUAUGGAUAUGACAGGGUGCUCUCAGUACUCGGCAGACACAUGAGGGACUUCCUCAACGGCUUGGAUAAUCUUCACGAAUACCUCAAGUUCAGCUAUCCAAGAAUGCGAGCGCCUAGCUUCAUCUGUGAAAACGAAACACGACAGGGCUUAACGUUGCAUUACAGAUCGAAAAGGCGUGGAUUCGUAUAUUACGCCAUGGGACAAAUCAGAGAGGUAGCCCGCCACUUCUACCACAAGGAGAUGAGGAUAGAACUCCUGAGGGAGGAGCUCCUAUUCGACACGGUUCACGUGACAUUCCAGUUGACUUUUGACAACAGGGCUUUCACACUCGCAUCACUCGCGAUGACCAGGGAAGAAAAACAUCUGCCGAUCAGUGCGUCCGUACUCUUCGAGAUAUUCCCGUUUUGCAUAGUGUUUGGAUCAGACAUGGUGGUGCGCAGCAUCGGGAACUCCUUGAUGGUGAUCCUGCCAGACUUGGUCGGCAAGAAGAUCACCAACUGGUUCGACUUGGUCCGACCACUAAUCGCCUUUAAAUUCCAAACUAUCUUGAACCGCACUAACAACAUCUUCGAGCUGGUUACCGUGGAGGCAGUGAUGCAUGAGAAGGCUCCUGAUAAGAGAAACGAACUAGUUCGACUGUCCGAUGAAUCGGACGGCACCACAGAGAAGAACCUUAGGCUCAAAGGUCAAAUGAUUUACAUGGACAACUGGCGUAUGAUGAUGUACUUGGGUACCCCGGUGAUGCCAGAUCUAGCGGCACUAGUCUCCACUGGGCUCUACAUCAACGACUUGUCUAUGCACGAUUUCAGCAGAGACUUAAUGCUAGCUGGUACCCAACAGUCUGUGGAGUUAAAACUAGCGUUAGACCAGGAGCAGCAGAAAAGCAAGAAACUAGAGGAGUCCAUGAGGAAACUAGACGAAGAGAUGAAGAGAACGGAUGAGCUCUUAUAUCAGAUGAUACCGAAACAAGUGGCAGACAGGCUAAGGAAUGGCGAGAACCCUAUCGACACUUGUGAGAUGUUCGACAGCGUCUCAAUCCUAUUCUCAGACGUGGUGACCUUCACGGAGAUCUGCUCUCGGAUCACUCCCAUGGAGGUGGUCUCCAUGCUGAAUGCUAUGUACUCUAUAUUUGAUACUCUCACUGAACGGAACCGGGUUUAUAAGGUGGAAACAAUAGGUGACGCUUAUAUGGUGGUAUCUGGAGCUCCUGAGAAAGAAGACAACCACGCUGAAAAAGUGUGCGACAUGGCCCUCGAUAUGGUGGACGCAAUCACUGACCUUAAAGACCCUAGCACAGGGUCCCAUUUAUCAAUCAGAGUAGGAGUGCAUUCCGGUGCAGUGGUAGCCGGAAUUGUGGGUCUGAAAAUGCCGCGUUACUGUUUGUUCGGAGAUUCUGUAAACACAGCGUCAAGGAUGGAGUCCACUUCAGAAGCGAUGAGAAUUCACAUAUCUCAAACGACGAGGGAACUGCUUUCACCCACGUACAUGGCUAUAGAGAGAGGUGAAAUACAGGUCAAAGGGAAAGGUGCAAUGAAAACUUACUGGUUGGAGGGUAGGGAGUCGAGACCUUCUCUCACUAAAGUCAUAUCACCUCAACUCCAACCGGGAACAGAACUAGAGUGGGAACGAGCUGCUGACGUCAGAGACAGUAUUGCCGAACAUUCAGCCGCUCAAAUGAACAACAAAGAAUCCAUUACAUACCAGCUACCUAACGCCAUAGUAAAUUCAGGGCCUAACUCUUUACAGAAGAACUGUGGUGUUAUAAUGAUACCACAUAGCGGCACAGUCAGAAGUCCCCAAGGCCAGAGAGCUAACACCCCCGCGCCUACUGUGACGUCACCAGUGGAAGAAAGACGGAUAUAUUCCCCUGUCACCUUCCAAGAUGUUGCCCGGAGAAGUAUAGCGAAUUCGCCUAACAGGGCAGAAAAAGAAAAGGGUGUAUAUGAAGAUUCCUCCAGAUCUAAUUCCACGAGUUUUGGUGUCGUUUGGACUGAUGCAGAAUCUGUUGAUCAAGCAAAAGCAGAUAGCCUGGAAUCAUCGUUUUGUUACAGUUCAACGUCACCUUGCAGAGUAGGAACAGCGCCUGUAGCAAUUGAACGAGAAGAAGACAGCUUUCUAGAAACAGUAUGCCUCAGUCGCCUGUCGCCCGCGCACUCGGCGCCGGCGCGCGUUCACGACUCGUGCGCCACGCUGAGGCCAGACUCUGCCACUAUGCUACACAACUGCCAGCAACUCGAAACAGACAUCGAAUACCAAGACGCUGAAAUGAAUAUGAAACCCCACAUUUGCACAAUAUCUGAAACGGUCGAGACGUCACAGAUAAAGCCUGGAAAAGUAGGCAGGUUCAAAGCCAAGAUAGCACCCGGUUACCAGAAGUCCUGCACUAAGCAACCGCAGAAAGAAUCCGUCAAGGAAAAGUGUCAGUCGUUACAGAGCAAUGUGCAACCACAUGGGCAUCACCAUUCGAAAAAUGUGAACCAUCAUCAGUGCUGUGGCGCUUUUGGGAACCCCCAUGUCAGACACAAAUCCAGCAAUUCCAGUUGUAGCCUUGUCUAAAGCUGAUAUUUAAAAAAAUACAAUGUAAGGUUGCUAUUGCUAAAAUAGGAUUUAAGAAAAACGAGCAUGAUUUUGGAACUUUACUAAAAAACGGUUGAAAACAACGUUUAGAUUACUUGAAUAAAAAGUACUUAUUAGUCAAGAAGUUUUCUAUUGUAAUAUUGUAUUUUUAUAGGAAAUUGAAGCUUUAAGUUUUCUAUCAAUCUAGAAUGAAGUUGAUAAAUAGAUGUUAUCGAGGAAGAGAGUACCGAUCAGACUCGACUUUACAUUAUCAUCAUUAUAGUGAUAUUUUAUUUUUUGAUGUAUGUACUUACUUACAAAGGAAAUCAAGAAGUUAUUUAAUGAAUUGACUAUGUGUUAACGUGAUAUAAUAAUUAUUUUGAUAUAGAACGAUUCUGUAGACUUACUUAACUUCUUGAUAGCUUUUAAAAAUCUCUCUAUCAAAGCUAAUUUAUGAAAUACAAUCAAUGUUGGUAUUUAUAUAUUCCUAAAAAGAAUAAGAUGCUAAUGUUUUUUUCUGCAAUAAAGAGUACUAAUAAGAAAGUUUACAAUUUGUAUAAGAUGGAGCAUUAUAAAAACAGCUAUGUUAUGAUUUCUAUCUUAUAACCACGUGGAGCUUAGAUGAUAAAAGUGUUUAGUUGUUUAACUUCUGUUGUGAUUUUGAGAUUGUGAUUAGUUAUUGUUGAACAAUAAUGGAAAUAGAUAAAAUAGUUAUUGGAUUAAAAAUGUCGGCGCUCCUAUUUACACCUCACUCUUAAUGUAUAUUAAUUUCUGUCUACAUUAAUUAAUACUGCUUGUAGUGGACAUCAAAAAAUAAGGAAACGAAAAAAUAAUGUCUCUUCAUAAAAUGAAUUCUUAAAUGUAAGCACCUAUUUUUAUUUUAGAUAUUUUUAUUGUCACUUUAAAUAAAUAGUACCUACACUACGAAACCUGAAAAAAUUAAGCGUACUGUAUUUUCGCUAUUUUUCAGCCAUAAAUUCAAAUAAUUGUACCUAGUUUGGAUUUCUCAAGAACGUUAAAAGGUAUCAGUAAUCGUUUUAUAUGCUGCUAUUUUAAUCCCAUAACACAAUUUAGCUGAUUAUACUAAAAAUAUACUGUGGUGGUCAUAUAAUUAAAAACGCUUCUAGCAAAUACUACAUUUUAAAAUUCCAUUGUUCAUACCAUAAAAGUAUAACUUCUUGAUCAAUAUUGGUUAUACUGUCAUUUAAUACCUUUAGAAGACUAACAUAUUGGAAAAAGAAAUUAGGAAACGUAUUACUACUGUUUAAUUUACUGUCGUUUAAAUAUUGCUUUCGUAAGAACGGAUGGACAAUUUUUUUUAACACUUAUUACAUUUUAAGUUGAUGAAUAUAACAUAAUUGUGAUGUAGAGGAUUCGAUAGUUGGUAGAGUAGCCCCAUCAGAAUCCGAGGCCUCGUCGAGAUGCAGCCAGGGAGGUCGAAUGGGUGGGAAAGACAGGGAGAGGAGAGGACGGUUUAAUAAUAGUGAGAGGCGAAAAAAGAGGAGAGAAAAGGAAACGAAACAGAAAAUAAAUAAAAGGUUUAAAGGAUGGGAGUAAGAGUGUAAGGGAAUAGGUUUGACAAUCUUGCAUGAUAUACAACCAUCAAUACACACAUUCAAUAUUAAGUGUCUCACAGACAGACGCCGCCCGCGGCCGCGGCCGGGGUCGUGGUGGUUACAGAAAUACACAUAGGAGGCCGCAGCCGCAGGCCACGUCUGCCUAUGAAACACUUUAAACUUAAUGAGAAAAUAAACAAUAGAAAUUAUAUAAAAAAUAUAAAACGAGAGAAAAACUUAGUAAAAUGUUUAACAAUAAUUUAAUAAUUCGACUAUUACACUAAUAAUUAUUAAAAUGCUGUAGUAUUGUAAUUAAUUAAAAAAAUAUAUGUAAUUUAAUAUUUAGUGGCAUAUCCUUGACUGUGGAUAACAGCAUGACAGCGCAGCGGCGCGGCAUCGACGCUAUCAACUUUUGGCAGGUUUCAACUGACAAAUUUAUUUCAAUAUUCCAUAAACGAGUCGUACAGCUCAUUAAUGUUACCGCACUGUCUGUUUGAUAGUUUCUUUUUCACUUGGUACCAAAGAUGUUCGAUCGGAUUAAGAUCUGGGCUGUUCAGUAUCUCCGGUUGACUGUCGAAGUAUCUUUUUACAGAGAGUGCCGUAUGCUUCGGGUCCUUAUCGUGCUGGAAUCUCCAAAUUACCGGAAGAUUAUCAUCCGCAUAUGGCAACAUACAUUUUUCGAGUAUCUACAUAUUUGUAUUGACUCUGGUCCAUGUUACCUUGCUUAAGCCUAGUAAGUAAGAAAAGCAACCCCAAAUCUUAAUAUUUCCACCGCCAUGCUUCACGGUCUUUUUCGUAUAUUAAGGGUCGAAUGCCUUAUUCACAGGGCGGCGUACGUACUGCUUGCCGUCAGAGCAUAGUCUAUUAAUUUUGGUUGUGUCGGAAAAAGUAAACUUUUUCACUGAUUCUCUGUCCAAUCUUGAUAUUUCCUUGCAAACGCUAAUCGAGGCUCUCUAUGAUAUGAUGUCAACAUGGGUAUCUUCCUCGUUACUCGCCCAAACAACUGUGCCUCUACUAGCCGUCUUCGAUCGGUACGCGCAGAGAUUGUGCUAGGAUUAUCACACCAAAAACUUCAUUUAUAAUUUCGUUUGAGCCUUUAAUCGUGUCUUGCUUAACAAAGGCGAACUAUUCUUUAAAUACUAUCGUGGAGAUGUUUUUCUUACUUUGGGUUUGCGGGAGACAUUCGAGGUUGUCUGAUAUGUAGUAUAGUCACGGUAAUAUUAUCUAUACAGUAUUGUGACUCGGCCCUGUCCUUAAAAUAAAUGCCUACGGCCGAGCGGUACGUUAACACGCGGUAGGGCUGCCCGCCUACAGUAUUUUAAUUUCAUCUACAUAAUUGAGUUUCUUUCUAGUUUUGUGAUUGUAAAUAUUUUAUAUGUAAAGAUUCUCCGCAAGCCCAUAUACCCAUAUCGUAGGAAUGCAUUAAAAAUAACUAUUCCGCCAUGUUGUAUUUAGAAUGACGUCACACAGCUAACCGUGCUUUUUAAUCAAAACGUGUAUUUACAAAAUUUCAGCUCAACCGGUUGAAGAUAUCUGCUUCAAAAUUUUAUUUAUGAUAUUACUGCGGUAAGAUGGUUAUUACAAACGAGUUCUUACCAUAGUCACGAGUUUGUUAUACCAUCCGCACAAUUUCAUACAGCAUUUUCAACACAUUUGCAAGAAAACAUUAUACAUAAUGUAUGUAAUGAAGCAAUUUUUUUCUAAUAACUAAAUAAAAGCGCGUAUUUCCAAAUGGCACCACGUGCGGGUGAUAAAUUAGAACUACAUUUUUUUCUCUUUUUCUUUUUAGUAAUAAAGUUCGAAUGAAUUAAAAAAAAACCGUAACGAAUCUCAUGGUGCCAUGUAUGGAGCGUGCGUAAUGAAUUUUACCGCACGCUCCGCUGUAUGGCCCGUAAUUUUAAAUUUUCGAACAAUGUACAAUACAACCGUAAUUGCAUUUCGUUGUUAAUGCAUUUUUAGAGCCAACGUGUUGAAAAAAUGAUUUACAGCUUGGUAUACCAUCGUUUUUGAGCAAUACAAGUGAUCAAAAAAAAUAUAUGACCGAUUACGAGCACGCAGAUUUAUUUUUAUUUCUCUAGCAGUAGUGUCGCAAGAUUUAUUAUUUGCCAUUAACAUUAAAUAAAAAAAUGUAGAAAACAUAUAUUCUAAAAAUAAUAUCGUGAAAAUGCAAUAUCCAUAGUAAUGACAAACAUCGCAUUCCAUUUUCAAAAUGAUGAAAAAAGAACAAAAUAUUUUUGUUCUUAAUUAUUUGUCCAGACAGUAUUCCGGCAACUUUAGGAGUUCCUAUGAUUUAAUAAGUGGACAAAUAAGAAGGUACAUUAUUUCGAAGAAACUAUUACAUGAAUAAUGCAGAUUGGUCAUAAGAAUAUUCUACAACACUAACAGAGUAUGUUUAGAAUCGAACCAUGCACUGAAAUUAUGGUCAAAACAUAGUAUUUGCCUUGUAUUAUUUAGCGUUCUUAAUUAUGUGAUCAUAACUGUAUAAUAUAUAUUUAUUAUAGUUUUUAUUUUUUUAUUGUUUGGCUAAAAGCUCAGAUUAAAAAAAAAGAUUUAUUUAAUAUUGGAUUGGAACGCUGUUCUCAAUUUAAACGGAAAUGGACGUUAAUGCUACACAGUUUUGUAAACUAUAGCAGUUGUUAACGUGUCAUGGUUAUAUUUACAAGGUAUUUGUUCCAAAUAAAUUAUUUAUACACACUUUUUCCAUAUAGCACUAAGUUCUGCUUAGUAUUGGACUAAAUAUUGGUUAAAAAAAUCGGAUAUUAUAAUGUAUAUUAUUUGUUACUUAAAUAAUACAUGUACACCUACGUCGUAAGACAGAAACGGUAGUGAAGAUACAAUUGGUCAACUCAUCGUUUAACAUUGGCCUAAAAAGUUAUCCCCUCUGUUGUUAGACAUUUUAGUGUCUGCUCCGAAAAUUUUGAUACUGGCCUAUAUGUAAGUACUAAGUUUUUUCUUUCGCUCCCAGUACAGAAUGGGACAUUGUAAUAUUAAUAUAUUAAUAUUUUUUCUCUCUAGUAUACAUUAUAUACGUUUAGAACUUAAUGAUAUUAUUGUGUAAGAAAAAAAAAUGUUUAAAUAAUUAAUAUUUCAUUUUCUGUAUUGUUUUAAGUUGAAAAAUUUAAUUGUAAAAUUCUAUAAUAAAAUGUAUUCCUUUUAAUUAAUGUUGUAACUGUAGAUCUCAUAAAAUAUACAUCCCAAAGAAUAAUUCCAAUGAAUAAUAGUUAUAUCAAAUGUUAGUCAACUCAAUAUGAGCUUUACUUAAUGACAAUAGAAAAAGAAUUAUAAAAUAAUAUUUGAGAAUAAAAAAAAUGUUAAAUGCUGUUUGACAGUGGUUGCUAGAAGAUUUUGACAGUUUAUUAAACAAAAAUAUUUAUGAGCCAACCUUUUGCAUAAUAUUGUAUUAAAUUUGAAUAAACAAUUCAUUAUAAAAAUGUUAGAAAUUAGAUUGUCGAACACUAUAGAAUUUAAACAUAUUCUACAUGAUAUUUUUUUAAUUGUUCAAAUUAAUUUAAGGAACGUACGCUACGUACGUACGCACUUUUAGCAUAAAUAUUUUUCUAAAAUAAGCAUGUAUUAUAUUUUAACUAGGUAGGGAAUAAUAUUAUCAUGUUAAAAUGUAUUAAUAAUAAAAACAUAUUUUAGCAUUUAAAAUGCAAAAAAGGGUUUCAAAUAAUAUAUCUAGGAUUAUUUUAGGUAAAUCAACGAGUAUUUUUAAGGAAAUAUAUUUUAAUACGUGCACUAUCCAAAGGUGAUACUUAGUAACUUGUUAAACUUAGGAUUAUUUUGUAAAUCGAAAGUAUUAAACGUUAAAUAAAAAAUAAUAUUUAUGACACCUACUAUGAACAUUGUGACCAUAAAGGAAACCUUCUUCGGGGCUUAUUUUUUUAUUGAAUUGACAGAAAAGAGAGAAGCAUAAAUUGCGAUGCAAGAAAAUACUGCAUAAGAAUUAUAUACUAAGUAACAUUUUCAUGAAAAUCCUGAGUUGCUUACAAAAGCCUACAUUACAGAUAGUCUGUAGGUAGUAACUUACUGUGAAGAGAGGUUCUUUUUAAAGCCGCUUUGAUCUUACGCAUUUAUACUUGACUUUCUUAUUAGCUAAAUACCAGCUGAAGCUGCGUCUAAGAAAUCGCGUUUAUUCUUAUAGUCCAGAGCCAUAUAGAAUGGAUAUUCUUCCUAGCAUGAUUAAUUUUUCCUCCGGUUCAGUUCUAAAAAUAAGUAGUAUCAUCUUUGGAUAAAAAAAUAAAAAUAAAAGGCGCAUAGGUUAGCUGAAUGUUGUGAGUCAAUUAAAAUACUUUUAUCUAGUCGUUUUGAGAUUAUAUUUAUUAUUAAUGUUUCUAAUGGUUAAGUACUUAAUUUUUCUUGUUUACACUCGUGUGAAUGUGACGCGGCAUUUUUAUGUCUAAUUUGUUUGAUUGUUGACAACACUUUUAUAUAAUGUUAUACACAAACCUGCUAUAAGGGCGUGUUCAAAUGUCACGCGGUGAUCACGCGCAGGAGCCGCACACGCGUUGUGCCCGCAUUACACCCACGCGUAAAAUCAGCGCAUGCCGUGCGCUUGCCUAUACUACUAGUGACUGGACUCAUCCGUUCAGUUGACAUAAAGUACACUAGUCAUGCCGCAGGCGCUAAGCUUAUGCAGGUGGGUGCAGCGCGUGUGCCGGGUGAGCACGGGGUUGGCGCGAGGAGGGCGUGGAGCCGGCGCAUGGCGUGUGCGGGUAGGGUUACCAUCCGUCUGGAUAAUCUUUUAGACUAUAGUCCGGGUCUUUGACCGGAUUUUUAAAUGAUUUUGAAUAGAAAUAAUAAAAACACAUAUUGAUUUAAAUACCAUACCAUUGUACUUAUGUGAGUAAUUUUGUGACUAAAUCGUCCGGAUUUUUUUCGAAAUGUCAGGGUUUUUGUCAGGACUUGUGAAAUUCCCAAAAAGUAACCCUAUGUGCGGGUGGACUUCGAUAAAUGCAAUUUGAGAUUUAUUGAUAUGUUAUAAGACUCAUAUUAUAACACAUACAAGAAAUUUCAAAGCGAGUUAGACACGGAUGCUGACGCGCGUGGUGUGCGCUUAGCGGGCGCGUGUCGUCUGAACGCGCUCUUAGAGACGAAACAAAAUGAACUAGGGACUUGUAGAAAUAAUAAUUCACCUACUAAAGAAAAAAAUAUCUUUUACUUUAUUAAAAAAAAUGUUAUUAGAAAAAUACAGAAUUUUUAAAAUAAUUAUGAAUUCAUUUUUAAUUCAUUAUUUGUUAUAAAUAUUUCAAUAUAUUUAUAACCAGUUGUGUAGGUACUAACGAACAAAUUGAUUCCUGACCUACUUGCUCGAUAAAUUGCUUAAAAAUGUCAAAACACACAAGUUUUCUUCUAUAGAAAAUGCGUAAAAUUGCACUUAGGAACUACUGGUAACAAGGAAACUGUAUUAAUUUGGAUCAAAGAUCUUUAAAAAUUAACCUUUGUUUUCAAUGUAGAAGAUCAUCUUUUAGAUAAAAUUGGAUUUGUAAUUUGAAUUUCGAAAGAACUUCCAAAAUUAAGUUCAAAAUCGUAAAUAUAACAGAAACUCAAUUAAUUUAUUGACUUAAAAAACUUUGGUUAACUAAUGGUAAAAUCCUGGAAAUUUUAAGUUUAUGGACAAAACUCCAAAUAAUACCGAUAGCAUGUCACAAGGUGGAGGGAAAAUCUAGCAUGUCAAAUAUGAUUGUUCUAAAAAUAAAUAAUUUGUUUCCAGGGAUACGUACAUUUAAGCGAAAGUCGACCUUAAUGUUUUGCAAUGCUUGUAAGAAAAUAAGCUUGCGGUGAUUCUGGAAUCAAAUUGGCUGAUAGUACUUACCUGACCUGAAAAUUAUUAACAUAUCAAACGUCCUCUAAGAGCAAAGUUACUCAAUUGAUAGCAUUUAGCGUAGUAAUAAAUAUUGAGCGUAAUGGAGUUUCAAUAUCCAUAUUUAAGGCACUCUUACAAUUUCAAAAACUGUUUUCUAGAACCAUUUUAACCUUAUACUUAUUACGUAAACUUUUUGUUUGUAUUAUUAAAAUGUGUUGCUGUUGAAAUGCCAAAGUUGUGAAUCUCACUCUAUUGUGAAAUAAAGAAAAAUGUAU